AUGGCGCUCCAUUGCAUCUUCGGUGAAAGCUCCAUUGCAGCUGCAACGAGCUCCAACGACGCUCCAUUGCUGCCCGUGGCAUGCUCCAUUGAAGCUUCGACGAAGCUCCAUUGUAGCUAUGACGAGCCCGGCGACGCUCCAUUGCGGACCCUGACGCUCCAUUGUAGCUCCGACGAAGCGGCGUGUUCAUCUCCUUCCCCGACACCCCAAGCUGCCAGCGUGCCGUACCUGUCGGCCGCGGCUGCGAUCACCGCCGCCUUCAGGCCCCAUUACCAGGUGGUGGCUCCGGACGACCUCGUCUUCCCGUACAACGACGGCGGCCUCCUGGUCCCACACGCGACGUCGUCCCCCUUCUCCUCCUCGUACCACCACCAGCAGCAGCACGACGUCGUCGCACAACUGCUUCACGAGGCCACCGGCGGCGGGGCCCUCCUCCCGUUCGGGAACAACUCGUCCAACUCGGACGAGUACCAGCAGGCGCACUGCAGCCUGGCGGAGGAGCGGCGGCGGCGACGGAUGGUGUUGAACCGGGAGUCGGCGCGGCUAUCGCGCAUGAGGAAGCAGAAGCAGCUGAGCGAGCUGUGGGCGCACGUGGUGCACCUCCACGGCGCCAACCGCCAGCUGCUCGACCAGCUCAACCGCGUCAUCAGGGAUUGCGAACGCCUGCUGCGCGACAACGCCGGCUUCAGGGACGAGGGGGCCAAGCUGCGGGAGCGGUUUCUACCAUAA